GACUGUUGAAGACUAUGUCGGGAUCUGGGAAACAGCCAGCCAAAAAUGAGGAAAAUUUUAGUAAAGUCAAAGAAAAGAUGCAGAAAUUCUUUGGAUUUGGAAAAACUUCUGCACCUCAUACUGUUCCCAAAGCCACAGCAAGGGAAGUGGUUUUUACGCAUGAAAUUCUUAAGGUAACAUUGAUCGCAUUACUAAAACAUGAUAUUAACAUUUUGACAUAUUUCAAAAAAUUGCAAUACAUAUAUAUAGAUAUUAUUUUUUUAAAUAUAUUUUUGGUGUUUAAAAUGUAAAUAAUAUAAAAAUAUUUUCUUUCAUGUCUUCAUGUAAAAAAGGCCUAACAAAACGGGACAGUGAACAUCAUCACUGUUUUCUCUACAUUAUUGCUAAUAACUUGUAGUUGAGAGAUUGUCAACACUUUUUUUCUAAAGAGCUUUUGUUCUUUUGUGGAUUACUUCUUAUAAAGAUCAAUAUUCUAAGGGUACGAGAUGACUCUCUUAGGACCCCGGCCGUGAAACAUGGCCAAGUAGUCCCUGAGGACUCCGGCCAUGCAACUCGGUCAUGAAUAAAAUUGGUUGGAAACAGCUUUUCUUCCUCCCCGGAGAUGGCUUUGCGUUACCACCUCCACCGCCCGGGGGUCGUCCGUUUUCCCCGUGUGGGACGGCUUUACUUCCUCCCCGGAGAUGGCGUUGCGUUGCCACCUCCACCGCCCGGGAGCUGUACGUUUUCCCUUUUUGUAAGACGGCUUUUCCUCCUCUCCGGGAGAAGUAUGCUGGCCUACUAACUCCCACCACCCCGGGAGUCCUGAGCCAAGUUAAGGGGUUCCCUAAGAAAUGUUUCCCUCCGGGGAGGCGUUGCCUUGCCUCAGCCCGCAUUUUCCCGGAAGCUGUUCGGACCGGACAUAGCGGCUUUAACUUCCUCUCCGGGUUAGGCGUUGCAUUGCCUCGACCCACCGCUCUGGGAGCUGUUCGGACUGGACAUGUUGGGACGAAACGGUCGCCUAGGGGCGGCUUUCUCAGGGCCACGUCUUUUUAAUCAUUGGCAAGGGUUUAGGGCCCACUACCUCAUACCCAUAACCGGCAACACGUAAUCAUGUUAGCGCUUCCUUCCGUUGCGUUAGAAGUCAUGCGUUUUGCAAAAUAGAUAGAUAAAUAAAUAAAAGAAAAUAAAAGAGUAUGGGGUUUGAGCAAAAUCUCUUCCUCCCAGUGAAAGGAGGCUUUGCGUCACCCCCUCCCCUAGCUCAUUGGGUCUUUCGAUAGGGACAGUGUGAUCUUUAGCUUCAGGGAGCACGCCCUAUACUAGUCUGUUACGCCACAAAGAGGCAGAUCACGUGUACACCACUCGAGCAAAGUGGUGCUGGUUUCCCCCAGCAAGAGCCGACCGGGGCGGAAACCAAACAGUGUGGAUUACUUCUAAAAAAGUUCUGCCCUUAUCAGGAUAUCCAGGUGGAAAAUAAACAUGUUGCUGUGGAGUCUGCUAAUGUACUAGCACAGCAUCUAUCCUGCAUGUUACCUAAAUUUUGAACAAGAUAAAUGGGAUUUGGCAGUCCAUGAGUUAUACUGUUCUGUUUAUAAAGUAAUUUUAUAAUUUUUUUUUAGGUUGGCUUUGUUUAUUUUAGGUUGGCUUGUAAUAAUUAUAACAUGCAUUAGGGUGGAUGCAAAAGCUUUCAGUGAUUUCUUAUUUUCAGGAAAUUGGACCAGAAAGCCCAGCGAAUAACAGAAUCCGCACCAUUCGUGAACUAUGUGAAGUAGUGAAACACAAGCAGCUUGAAGAUGUAAUUAUAAGAAAAUUCUUAUUAAACAUGAACUGACUAAUCAGUAUAAAAAAAAACAAUUUUAUUAUUGUAAGAAUAAUUUCAAAGAAUUAUAGCUUAUGUUCAUAAAUGCAAAGUCUACAUUAUAACUUUUAACUUUAAAAUGUAACUGAAGUUUAGAUACCUAAGACCUUUCCUUUAAAUGGUCAUUAUGAACUUUAGAAUAUGUCCACUUUUUAUGAGUGACUUUAAAAAAAUUUGAAAAAACAAUAACUUAAAAAAUAAUUUUUUUACUUUCAUAAAUCGCCAUAAAGGAUGGCAAAAAAUAAAUAUAUCCUUAGAACGUUUGAUUUUUUUUUUUCUCAGAUAAUUUUUGAUAAUUUGUUUAAUCUUCAUAUUUCCUUUGCUUUAUUACAUUGUAUUUGAAGACAAAGUUUAAGUUAUGUUCAACACAGACAUUAUCUAUAGCAAGUUUAAAAAGACUUUACUAAAAUAGAAUUCCCUAAAAACUGUUGCUUUUUUAUUCAAUGAAAAUAAGCAAUGAUUAGUAAUAUUAAGUCAGCAGUUACCAGUUUGGUGUGUAUUUUAAACUGUUUAACUUGAUCAUCGAGUCUGGCAACAGUAUAAUAGGUUACACAAGAAAUUCAUUAAUUUGUGUGCAUAUGUCUCACAUUUUGACUGAAAUUAAUACUUAGCUUGACUAUCACUAUUUCCUGCUUUUAAACUUUCUUAAAGAACAAUUACUUUCCUUCUAGAAUGCUGUUGAAGCUCUAUGGGGUCAAAUCAGUGACCUACUUAAUACUCACGUUCUGCCAGAAAACCGUCAGUUGGCACUUCAUUUUCUUCUUUGUUUGUUGGAAGGACAGGUGAGUGAUUCAUCUGAUGAUAUGAGAAUACUUUUUUUAAUAAUCAUGUCACUAAUUACAAUACUAAAUUAAUUAUUCAUUGUUACCGAUACAUGGCAUCUAUGGCCAUAGAACUGUACUUUUUUAAAGACAUUGCAUUAGGUUUGCUAUUCAUCUGUUACAUUUUGCAUCUUAUCAUCAGUGUGAAAAAUUGGACUAUAUUUGAAACAGAUCAGCUAUAAUCAACAUAUUUUUCAAUUCAUUGUAACUUUUAUGUUGUUUUUCAUGGAAAAUUAAUUAGCUGUAAUGACUAAUGUAAUGACUAAUCUAAUGACUAAUGUAAUGACUAAUGAUCCAAAAAAUUAUGGAUAAUAAUUUGUAAUCCUUGUUAAAAUCAAACUCAGAUUAACUAAAAUGGCAAAAAAUAAAAUAAUAGUAACAUUACUAUUCUCUUAGUUUUUUUCUUCCCCUUAACGAUUUACCUGUGCCUUAUUUUUAAAGUAUUGAUAAAUGAAUUCUUUUACUUCCUAUUAUCUUGGUUUUGGGAAACCCAACUUCCCGCAAUAACUUAGCAUGGCAACUCAAAACAAUUUUUUUGUUCAUUUGUCCUGUUUGCUGAGGAAGUCUCUUAGCUGAAUGGUUUUUCUUUAAUUAUCCUGUCUUUAUAUUUCAAGCUUCCACACUACCUUGUUUCAAUAUUUCCUUGACAAAGCUUGAACUCAGUCCUUCAUUUAUUACCUUUGCCUAAGCAUAAUAAUAAUUUUAUUAUGGAAAUAUUGGACGCAUAGGUCAUCAUUCAGCUGUGAGUAGUGUUUGCAAAAGUUUAGUCAUAUCAUACCAUGUACCAUGACAGCAAGACAUCAAGCAAUAAUGAAUGUCAGAUUGCCGCCUGACUUCUGAUAGACAACCAAAAGCCUAAAUCACUUUCGCCCAAAAUAAAAAAAAUCAACCGAUAGUUAACUUUUCUGUUGCAUCCUCAACGGAAAUUAGGCAAAAAAUUAUAUGGCAACUUUCGGCGAUGAAACUGAAACUGAAAUUCAUUCUGCCUCUACACUGUUACAAUAAACAAAACAUGUCCUCCAUUUCCCACGCUAUAGGCAUAAUUGGGUUCUAUAUAUAAAAAUGUCAUGUUUACAAAUCUUUUCCAAAUAUUGAAUGCACAUGUUCAUUUACUCUACAUUAUAUUUUCUAAUAACUUUCUUUAAAAUCUUAGUUGUCCUACAUGACUAUUGUCAGAGGACAUUUCUUCAGAGUCAUUGAAGGCUUAACAGAAAAAUCAGAUAUCCGUCUCAGGUAUGUAGAGAUUGAUCAUGUAUCCAUCAUAUGUAAGUAGAGAUCUAUUAGAUAUCUGUUACAGGUAAGUAGAGAUCAAUCAGAUAUCCACCAUAGGUAAGUAGAGAUCCAUCAGAUAUGUCACUGGUAAGAAGAGAUAUUGAGAAAAUGAGCUUCUCCUUAAGAUUGAUAACUAUUUCAGUGGUUCUUGUCGGCAUCUGUGGGGUAGAAAGAAUGCACUGAGUAAAACUUCAGAUAACUCUGGGAUAUACUAUCUAACCAAACCAAAAAUAAUUUGCUGGAGUUUAAAGGUGUAUCAUAGGGCCAAACAUAUUAUGCUGCAAUUUAUAGAAAAAAUGUUAAGCAACCUAGAAAAAAUAAUUUUAAGCACAUUAAAUAAUUCUCUUAGUUUCAUAGUUCUAUAUAUUUUUUGCUCCUAGUGCCAUAAUUCUGUAGAUUUGUUGUAUGUUCCAGGCUGGAGCUGUUCAAAACCCUGAGUGAAUGUGGCAAAAACUUGUUGUAUUUUGAAGACAAAAUUGGUGAGGAUAAUGCAAACUAUUGAUUGGCUGAAUUAUUUUAGAAAUACAUUUAAUGUUUAAUACCUAAGUCUAAGUGGAGGUAAUUCAGGAUAAACUAUGGGAAGAACAAGUAUUAAAUCCUCAAGUUAAUUUAAUCUAAUAUUGAAACAAUUUUUCUUUUAGUUAAGCAAAACUAUUUCCAUCCCUAGCGGUUUAUAGGUUUGUAACAGUUUAAAGAUGUUAAAACUUUCAGGUGGCUUCUUGCUGCACUUGAUGCCGGAUGUACUGAGUGCAGGACUUGUUGUGUCAUUCCUACCUAUCAUUCUAAAUGUUAUCAAAUACAAUGCUGCCUACCUGGAUGAGGAUGUCAUGUCAGGACUUGUACAGUGAGUGGGGAACAAAAAUGUGUGGGAUAUUAUAGUGUGGGAUUGUCAGGACUUGUACAGUGAGUGGGGAACAAAAAUGUGUGUGUUAUUAUAGUGUGGGAUUGUCAGGACUUGUACAGUGAGUAGAGUAAAAUGUGUGUGUUAUUAUAGUGUGUCAUCUGUUCAUUUAGCCACCUCGUUUAUUUUCCAUUGUUGUACAUAUCUAAGCUAUUUCAAUCAUAUGUGUGCUACCUUUCUAUUGUAAUCUUGUUAUCUUUGUACCAGAACCCAAGCAAUAAAUGAGAAUGUAUCAAUAUUGUUACUUUCAUACCCAUUAGUUCUCGAUGCUCAGGAGUUAUAACUGUAAAGUUACAUCUGUUGUUCUCAUUAUGUAUUUUAUUGCUGGACAUUUGCUAAAUUUUUAAAUACCUGAUUUUAAUGGCAAACUUCUUUCUUAAGUUUAUAAUUUUAAUAUUUAACUGCUGUAUUCUUGGUGUUGCUAGUUAAUAUAUCAAAUGAAAUGUGAUGUAGCUCCUUUGUUGAUAGUUUUUUAAAAAAAAUUGAUGUUUUAAAUAUUAUUUGCAGGCAGACUUGCAUGAUUCCAAACAAAACUCUUUUAGAUGAAGAAAUAACUGUAAGUACCAUUAUGGAGGGUGAAUCACAUUUUUUUUUUUCUAGUUCAAAUCUUUAAUUUGUAAAUUUAGUCAGCUUAAUGUUCGACUAUUCUAGAUAAUUAAGAAACAACUCCUGAUUAGAAAUUCUUCAUUUAUAACUCUUUCAACAACAAGGAGUGAUGUACACUUUAUUGCAUUGAUGCUUCUCAAAAUAGGGGAAAGUAUGACACGUUUGACUAUAUUAUUCCUUUUAAGAUUAUCUUGUCUGAAAUCUUUGUUAAUCAUGAGACUUGGAGUGUUGGUGAGGAAAAUGAGAAAACAGAAUUUUAACAUUUUGUUUUUCAAAUAGUACGUUGCAUUUUCCAUUUUAUGCUAAGGGUGCAGUAUUCAUAUUUUAAUUGACUAUUAUCUCAGUGUGCACAACAACUUGUCACAAAAAAUUAAAUGACUACAUGAGUGUUGGUUAAAUGACUAAAUGAGUCUUGGUUAAACUCUCCAGAAAUGUCUUCAAGUGCUGGAUGCUGUCAUAUGCUACAGUUACCUCCCCUCUACAUCUCUGUAUUACUUUGUUGCUGCUCUCUGUCAUACUGUAGACAAAGCCCCAUACAGUGAGAAAUCCUGGGAAGUGAGUUUUCUCAUAUCUCUGUUGCUUAAGUUUUAUCAUAUUUUUAUAAUUAUUGUCUAUUUUGCUAACAAAUAUUUUGUUGUCAUAUAUUUAAGCCACCAUGGGUUGUUGUUUAAAGAUGAAAUAGCCUUCAUUAAGAAAAAGUUCAUCCUCAUAAUUUGUGCUCUGAAUCAUUUAUGCAUUCAUUUUUACCCAUCAAAACAAGUUUAUUUAAAAAAUAUUUUAUUUCUUAGAAGUUAAAAGUGCAGUAAAUCGUCAAAUCUAGUGUUUAUGUUGUUUCAGCUAAUGAGAAAACUCCUUGGAACUUACUUAGGACACAGUGCAAUAUUUACCAUGUGCUCAAUACUACAGAACAAGUAAGAGAAUCAUAACAGUGGAUGGUUGACAUGUUUAUUUCAUCUUAUAAUUUAGUAAAGUUUUUAUGCUAAACAUAAUCAGGCAUAAUUUAAUUAAUGUGAUACAUUUUUAAAAAAUUAUUAAUUUAUGACGGCUGUCUUGUUCACAUGUAUAUGUCGCAACAAAGUUCCUGAACUUCCCAUAUAAAAAGUUGGUAUACUUAAACUUUCAGUGACUGAUGAUCUCCUUUUUAUGUGGUCAGUUCAUAAAUCUUUUGAUUACCCCCAGUAAUUUGGGAAAUGUAUUUUCUGUAAGGUGAACAUUUUAUGACCCAGUAAUGGUGUAGAACGUAUUUAACUCCAUCAAGGAAACAACCUGUUGAUGUGUUGCUUCUAAGAGGUGCAAUUUUCUUUACUGGCAUGGCCCUGUGGGGCUCCAGGCGUGUGCCCACACUCAAGUACACUCAUGCUUCAAUCUUGCCGUCCUUUUCACAGGUCAGGAUCUAUAACAUUGAUUACAUUGCACUCAUAUAUUGUUAAAGGUAAAAGGGUAAUAAGUUAACUUUAAAUUAUAAUUGAAACAAAUUUUCUAUAUUCCUGUCUUCACGAUCUUUGAAUAUUCCAUCUCAAUGCAGGCUUUGUGCCAUGAAAACAAUAUAGUGGCCUACGAGAUCGUGCUGAGUCUACAGCGGCUUGUACACAAGUACGGCAAGGACCUGGAGCAUGUCACCUGGAAUAUUAUCCUGGAUAUCUUGGAAAAACUACUCAACCAAAUGGAUGUAAGUUUUCUUCUCUUUUCACUGCUGAAUAGAAUUGAAGGCAUGUCCUCAUAAAUUUUUCCUCUGAACUGUGUUCAUUUUUCAAGUUUCUUUUCAUCCAGUGAUCGGCAACCUGGAGUUUCGGAGCCCUAUGUGGCUCUUUGAAAGAAUAGACGUGGCUCUUAUUAAAGUAAUCUAUAAUAACAUAAGUAAUCCGCCCCCGCCUGCGUCUCCAAAAGUAUUUUCUUAGCAGUUAUAAUAUAUACAAUGGCUCCUCAAUCACUGUUUUAACCCAUUCAAGGUAUUUGCUGAUUAAAAAUGCGGUAAACUUUGCUUUCAAGUCUAACAAGAGACCAUGCCUAUCUUAACUUAUUACAGGGCAUUUCUAAAACUCUUUCUCUUUUAUGAAAGAUCAGUGUUAUUGUAAAAUUUAAAAUUUCUGCUAUCUCUUACAAUACAUCUCAAACAUUGAAUAUGUUUUGUUUUUUAAAAUAUAAGCUAUAUUAGUUGCUUUAAAGUGUGGUGUCAGAGAACUGAGAAUGUAACUCCUUUAGUUUCUCUUUAUUUUGUUGUUUAGAAAUGUGACUUUGACAAAAAGGUGGCUACAGAAACCCAUCAAGUGAUCACAACUAUUGAAACCCUCAACACUUCCAGGCAGUUCUUUGGGCCAACUGCCCGUCUUUUUAAAAUUGUGGAGAUGUGUGCAAGCAAGCGACCAGUUAGUUAUUUAUGAUGAUGUUGUUAUUGUGUAUUUAGUGAAGCAGACUUGUUUGCUCUCAAACUCUUAAAAUCGUACAAUAUCACAAAAUCUUUCAAUACAUUAUCUUAAUAGUGAAAAAUAAACAUGCAGUAUAUAUAAUGUAUGCACCUCAAAAUCGUACAUUGUACGCCAAAAUCAUAAGAGUAAACAGGUCUGGUGAAGUGUUGGUACAUAUUUUUAUGAAAUAAACGAAAUAAUGGACGCAUAUGUCAUAGGCAAAGUGUGUAAUUCAGGCAUUCUAUAAGAUAAGAGUCUUUUAUUGAUCCAAAAAUAUGUAAAUGUUUUUAAUGACAUUGGACAUAUUCCUUUUCAGCAUAUAUAUAAAUACAUAUUUUAAACCAGACAACAUUUUACAAUCAUAAGGAUCAUAACACAAGACAUCUAAAAGUAUUUCUCUAGCUUAGUAAUCAGCCAUCAGUGAACUCCCUUAGUGUCAAUAUUGAUCAUGCUGAGGAACAAAAGAAUUUGUAUAUCUUUCGGCCCUAACUUUAAGAGAAAGAAUUCACCCAGAUCAGGCUGAUCUUUGGGGACUGUGAUGAAGAGGGUGGGGUAAUAUAUCAUCCAAAAUUAUUUUAGUUUUACAACAGCAUUUUUCUUUAAAAAGAAUGCCUGAUGAUUUUUUGUAAAAUAGCAAAAUAUAUGAGGCAUCAUAUACAAUUGGAUUUCACUUUGCCUGUAACAUGUAAUUUUUGGGCAUAAAUAAUACUAAUGUAAAUAUGCUACAUUCCCUUCCCAAUAAUUUAAAAACAGAAAUUAGCAAUGUAAACUACUGUAGAACCUGGUUAUUUUUGACGGUCUCGGGGUUUGCCAAAAAGCGGCGAGACAACCGAUGAUCGAGAUAACCGAAAACCAAUAUAGCAGCAAUAUAUUAACAUGUGCUUGAAAUUUCUUUAUGUACACGAUAUGCGUUUAUAAAUGAGAAUGUACAUGCAAGUGUUUUUGGAGAUUUUUUUUUUACGCAACAGCGUUACCGCAAUUUUUUUUAUGAAGAGAUCGGCAUGCUAUAAAAAUGUACAUACAUGUUUGCUAACAACUCAAGGCAUAUGUGGGGUGCAACUUUUCCGGAUUAUCCCGGAAUUCCAGAUUUGUGAGGCUAAAUAUUUUCCAGCUCCGGCUUCACAAGUUUUUAUUUUCUCUCACAAGUUCAGUUUAUUCAAAACGAAUUCUGGGUUUAAAAAAAAAAAAGAUCAACCUAUAACUGUAAAAACGCAUGUAAUCCUAUUAAGUAUCGAGCGACAAGCGGGUUCACUAUCAAUAGAACGGGUACUGUAACCUAGCCUCUCUCUUUUGUUUGCAAGCCUCUAGCUUCUUGCUGUGUCAAGUUAAUUGUGCGGACACCGAUAAUGUCAUUUCAUUUACUACAAUUGAAAGUAGGCACGUUCCGGUUGUAUAUAUAAUUUUUAAUUGCCGGCAAUUGGUCAUGGCGAUCGAGAUAACCAAGGUUAAGUGGCAAAUUUGUCCGCCUUUUGUGCUCGAGAUAUCAGGGUUCGGCGACAUAAAAGAAUCGACAUAACCUAGGAGAAAAUUCUAAGACAAAGAGAGAAUUAGGCGUUUCCACGCCAAAAACAUUGACAUAACAGGGUUAGCGAGUUAACAGAGGUUGAGAUAAGCGGGUUCAACUGUAAUAUGAUAUAGCUUUAUUGAGCACAAAAUAAAUAACCAAAAUGUUCUCCAUGUGACAAAGCCAGAUUAUUUGGAACAUAAACAUAUAUUUAUCUCACAAGCAACUGAAAAAAAAAUUUAUUUUGUCUUCUGGAAAUUUCACCUUACUCUAAGGUACUUUUGGAUCAUCUUUUAUUCUUAUGUAAUUUCAGUUUCAUUAGAAGUCAUAACUUAUACUUUCCAUACACUACUAAGUGUUAUAAUGUGUAAAUAUAUUAAGCUUUAACAUUUUGUCUAUUUUUAACUUUAGUCCCCAUUCUAAGUUUGUGUAAAUUUGCUCACAUUGCUUCAUCCUCACUGUAUUCAACAUCAUCUUAUUAUAUUAAGUUUGACUAUGACUGUAUUUUACUCUGUCCACAGACCAGCUCAGUGUGUGCUCUUAUAGACUAUUAUCACUCCCACUUCAUUCAUCCAGGUCAAGAAAAUUGGAUAGAAACCCUACACAGUUUAAUGGAGAAAUAUUUUAAGUGAGUCAUGUAGGCAAUAUCUCUUACAAAAUGACAACCAAAAUAAUUUAAUGUGUUUAAUCCAAUCAAGACAUGAAAUUAUGUGUGCCUCUCCUUGAGACAAUCCAUUCCUUUGCAAAUACACUAUUGCAGACCUGCACAAUAUACGGCCCGCCAGUACCCACUUUGCUCCCAGCCAAAUAACGAAAUAUUCUUUAUUUUAUUAGCAUUACCCCCGUCCUAUUUUUCUUUCGGCCGCACAAGGUUUUCAUAAAGUCUUACGGAAAGCCUUGCAUUUUGAGUUGUGCCGGCCUACACUAUAGAGUCCAGCAUGUAGAUUUUAGCAAAUGUUUGUUUAAAAUACCAAAAUAAAUUAUUUUGUAAAAUAUAAACUUUAGAUCAAAUUGUUUAUUAUCGAGGCAUUAUUUCAUUAAUUUUUUUAUAUCAUUAAAAGAGGCCAAACAAGAACAGAAGUGAGGAAAAAAGCCCUGGAUGUUUUAUCUCUUGUUCUCAGCAUCAAUACACAUGUCUAUGAGGUACAGGAAAACAUUUUAUAUUUAUUUUAAAAAAUAUAGUUUAAAAUAUUGUAUCGGGAGGCAUCAUCUAGUUAUGACAGCUGAUAAUGAAUACAAAUAAAUUGAAAACAUUGCUUUUCCACAAUAUUAAAUGUUACUCGUAUUUGAAAUGUUACUUCUUUUUCAAUAAUUUGAAGCCUGUUUACGGGACCCUUUUCUUUUGCUGAUUUUUAUAUCAAAGAAUAUAGGCCUAAAUUGUCACCAUUUUUGUCUUAAAAUUUUCCAGAAAGAGCUGAUAGACUAUGUUGUGAUUCCCCACUUCAUGCGAAUAGAUUCUGACCCGGACACCGAGGUCCGCUGUAAGGCAGUGGAGCUCCUGAUUGGGCUUUGUGAGGACUGUCACUCCAAUGAAUUCUUUGAAUUGAUUUUGAUUGUUGAGGAGGUCAGUGCAUAAAACAGUAGCAACAAAGAUUGUUUCAUGAGCACGUAAUGGCAACAACAAAAAUUGUUUGAUGAGCACGUAGCAUAAACAACUUUGUUCACAAACUCUGAACUUAAAUUUUUGUAUUUGAAUAGUUUCAUUGUAAUGAAUGAACUUAAUUUUAUUCAUCACAUUUCUGAAGGGUUUUGUUUUAGUUUAAAACUUGACUAUUAUCAUCAUUCCAGUGGCAGAUCGGCAAGCGCCCUUCAGCCUGAAAUGUUGAUGAAACCUGUCAAGAAAAUGUUUAUUUUUGUUGCAGAUUUUAAAGAAGCCUUUAGGGGGUCACAUGCUAGAGUUAGAUCGCAGGGAUGAGCCGGGCCGCAGGGAUGAGUCGGGCAUGGGUUCAGAUGAAGGAAACUUGAGGGACAUCUACACAGGUGUCACAAAAAUCAUUGAGGUUUUCAAGGUAUGUUUGAAUGUGCUCAUUUGCUGUGGCCGCUUGCACUGACUGAUUGUCAGGCUAUAACGCACUAUUACCAUACUAAAUUAAUAAUGUGUGUCAAGUAAUACAAACUAAAUUAACAAUGUGUGUCAAGUAAUACAAACUAAAUUAACAAUGUGUGUCAAGUAAUACAAACUAAAUUAACAAUGUGUGUCAAGUGAUACAAACUAAAUUAACAAUGUGUGUCAAGUAAUACAAACUAAAUUAACAAUGUGUGUCAAGUAAUACAAACUAAAUUAACAAUGUGUGUCAAGUAAUACAAACUAAAUUAACAAUGUGUGUCAAGUAAUACAAACUAAAUUAACAAUGUGUGUCAAGUAAUACAAAGACAAUACAAACAUAAAAUUUGUAUAAUAAAAUAUACAAAUGAAACCAUUAUAUAUAUGGGAAGGAAAUAAAGACCAACUUAUUUUGUCAUUGUGUCGUUUAGUUCUUUUCCUACACUCUUUUCUUGAGGCAUUAAAAAGGUACAUUUUAUCUCUUGUCUUCUUGACCUACUUGAAGAUAAAACUGUACACAGCCCCAGCAACUCACUGCCAGAAACUGUAUGAAGUCCUUGUGUCUCACCUGGAACAACAUUACUCUCACCUGUACUUGGGUAAAACUGCUUGUGCCAUUCGUAAAAUGGUAAGGUCUAUACAUUUCAAUGCACUGUUUUCAUUUAGUGCAUUUACACUACUUUUUACAACUUAUGGAAAAUCUCUGCAUGAACAAUGUCUGUUUCAAUUUCUUCAAACUUUGAUUUUAAAUUAAAAUACGUAAGAGUUUAUAAUGGAAAGUUUCAAAAAACAUGUCUACUACUUGGCUUGUAUCUACAUCUAUGUUCGUGUAAUGUUCAUUUUCAGAUUUUCAACUUGCUUUUACUGUUACGGGCAGACAGUCGAACAAGGGUUGGCUUGGCAGACAGGAAGCCAGGGGAACGUCACGUCUUUAGUCCCUAUGUCAUGUGCCAACCCAGGUAACUAUCGUAACUUUAUUUUCUUUAAAUGUCACACCCACAUGCCUAUGACCUGUGAUGCACCCUCCUUGCCCUACCUAAUUUUCUGUUUCGGUUUAAUCCUGAAGUAUCAAAGUGUCCUCUUUUCAUAGCCAUGUUCAUUGUUUCUAUAGAAUAGUAGUUACUAUCCUAGUGUCUCAUUUGUAUUUACUUAGUUUACAUGUUUUAAUAAUUGUAAAGCGCUUAGAGCUUUAUGAUAAGCGCUAUAUAAAAAUGCCUAAAUAAAUAAAUAAAUAAAUAAAUGAAGGUGGGCUGACUUGGCCGGUGGCAUGGGAAAUGAUGUAGUCUGUAAUGGAAUGUUUCAAUGAAAUGGUGUUCGCCAAACUUGUGAUAGAAAUUUGUAUAUCCUUCAUCAGAGUUGGCCAAACUUUUUGAGAGAAAUGUGUAUAUCCUUCAUCAGAUUAUAGAUUUUAUUUACAGUUAAAUCAGCGAGUCAUGCACAAUUUCUAUUAUGUUUAACUAUCUUACACUACAGACAUGGUUCCUUGUGUCCUUUCAUUAAUAUUGUCUGGUAGAUUGUAUUAAAUGUCUCCCCGUGUUCAAUGUCUCCCCGUGUUCAAUGUCUCCCGUGUUCAAUGUCUCCCCGUGUUCAAUGUCUCCCCGUGUUCAAUGUCUCCUCAUAUGCUUUGUAUGCUUAUGUUCCAGUGAAGACUUGGAAGCCUUGUGGUUAAAGAGUCCAUCGGUCCCGGGGCUGCACAUCACCAGCGUCAGUCAGCUGUAUGCUGUCAUUGAGUAUGAGCACACAUUCAAGCUGUUCCUGCGAUGUCUUGAAACUGUGAGUCCUCCACUCGUACAAUAUAGACAUUAUUUAAGUUUUAAAUUCUUGUUUAAAAAAAAUGUUUUGUGGGUGUGGCUAUGUGAGCAUUACUUGUUGCGGUUUUGGAGGGUAACUGGUUGGCAGUAGCGCAUAACAGGCCGGGGCAGGGGUGGACUGGGCUACCGGGACACUGGGAAGAUUCCUGAUGGGCCGCUAGUACCGGUGAUAUAAUAAAAAUAAAAGUCAUGAAGAUAGGGCCGCUUUUUGUUUUUUUCCUGGGCCGCUUUGAUUUUUUCCCGGGCCGCUUGAACUCCCCAGUCCACCCCUGGCCGGGGUAGGGGGCAUAAUGGGGUGGCGGAUAACACUUGUCCACAUUUAUAUGAUAUUCAGACAAAGAUAUACCAUGAUAUUUGUAUGGUAAUCAGUCAGAGACAGACCAUAAUAUUUUUAUGAUAUUUAUACAAAGACAGACCAUAAUAUUUGUAUGAUAUUUAGACAAAGACAGAUCAUAAUAUUUGUAUGAUAUUCAGUCAGAGACAGACCAUAAUAUUUGUAUUAUAUUCAGAGACAGGCCAUAUUUGUAUGAUAUUCAGACAGAGACAGACAAUAAUAUUUUGAUCUCAAACUCAGAGUAGAAAAUUAAUAUCAUUACUUCUGAUUUUUAUAUUUAAUGGAUUUAAAAGUACAAUGGUUAAAAUACAAUUGAAAUUGCCCAACUUGUGUCCAGCUAUUUUCCUAACUAUUACACACCUGAUGUUCCCAGGAGAGAGACUGGUCAGUCAUACAGGCUGUAUUGGAAAAUAUGCCUCUGAUUCUGGAAAAUAAAACCCUGGUAUUGUCAGCUGACAGGAGUUUAAUUGAUGCACUGUGUGGAAAGCUUUGUUCUAUGGUGAGUUUAAUUAAAACUAAGACCAUCGGUGAACGCUCCUUCUGCUUCCAUGGGCCCACGUUCUGGAACCAGCUCCCCUUCCAUAUACGUCAUAGUGAAACCUCGUCCAUUUUCAAAAAGUCCCUUAAAACUCAUCUGUUUAGAUCUAUAGAAUAGUAGUUACUAUCCUAGUGUCUCAUUUGUAUUUACUUAGUUUACAUGUUUUAAUAAUUGUAAAGCGCUUAGAGCUUUAUGAUAAGCGCUAUAUAAAAAUGCCUAAAUAAAUAAAUAAAUAAUUGAUAUGCUGUGUGGAAAGCUUUGUUCUAUGGUGAUUUUAAUUGAUGAUGAGCUUGUGUAAUUGAUGCGCUGUGGGGAAGCUGUGUGCUAUGGUGAGUUUAAUUGAUGCGCUGUGUGGAAAGAUGUGUGUUAUGGUGAGUUUAAUUGAUGCGCUGUGGGGAAGCUGUGUGCUAUGGUGAGUUUAAUUGAUGCGCUGUGUGGAAAGAUGUGUGCUAUGGUGAGUUUAAAUGAUGCGCUGUGGGGAAGCUGUGUGCUAUGGUGAGUUUAAUUGAUGCACGGUGUGGAAAGAUGUGUGCUAUGGUGGGAAAACUUUUCUCCACCUGAUCAUCAGUCCAUGUCAAUGUGGUCAGUCGUGGUUUAUGAACUUGAAAGUCACAAUUGAAAUAUUGUUAAGUUAUAGGUACAUCUUCCUUAUCCAUUUUAAAUGUAUUAAAACUUAUCUACACAGGUGAAAGAUCGCACCGUGGAGCAGUCGAAAAAGUUGAUUAAUCGUCCCAACAAUUUCACACGUUCAGAUUUCCACAGCUUUGUGUUUCCAGUUCUAGCUUCAAUGGUUACCUACCACUCCCAUUUGGACAAGAGUCGUUUGGUGGGUCAAAGGGUCGUUUGGUGGGUCAACGGGUCAUUUGGUGGGUCAGAGGUUCGUUUGGUGGGUCAAAGGGUCGUUUGGUGGGUCAAGGGUCGUUCGGUGGGUCAAAGGGUCGUUUGGUGGGUCAACGGGUUGUUUGGUGGGUCAACUGGUUGUUUGGUUGGUCAACGGGUCGUUUGGUGGGUCAAAGGGUUGUUUGGUGGUUCAAAGAGUCAUUUAGUUGGUCCAAGGGUGGUUGAGUGGGGUCAAAGGGUCAUUUGGUGGGUAAAAGAAGUUUCAUUACUAAAUCUUUUGUCUCAGUUUUUGAUAAAAGUGUACCCAGAUAUAAUAGCUUAAAGAUAAAUUUAAUAGAAAAAUCAAAGGCUAAUAGUAAUUUGAAGAAAUUAUUUUUGUCUAAUUUUCAGAAAGAGUUGGUUAACUGCCUUGAGUUUGGCCUGGUAUCAAAAUGUGCCAAAAUUUGUGUGACCACUCUGAGAAUUUGUUCAUUGGAAAUGAAAGAGUUGAUGAUGAGAAUGCUGCCGUCAGUUCUGCUGUCCCUCUCCAAAAUAUCAGCUACCAUCUCAAUGGCCAUUCCAGUACUAGCAUUUUUGUCCAGUAAGAUGGUCAUUUCAUUUUAAGAAAAUAUUAUUCAGAUCAUUUAAAAAUGUUGUAUUUUCAACUUUGACUGACGUAGUGUAAAAUGAAUGUGUGAUUCCUUUUAAAAUUGUAGCAGCGCUCUCAAAAUAAAACAUUUGUAUCUUUUUUCAUCAUCAGAGGCCAGCUGUUAUAUUACAAAGAUAUUUCAUUUUCACGCUGUAAACAAUAAACUGAAGUAAAUAAAGUAUUAUAUUAUUAACACCGAGGCGUGAGAAAUGUAUUUAGUGAAAUGUGACAUAACUUAAAAAUGUGCAAUAUUCUAUCCAGGCAUCGUCCGCAUUCCAAAGCUCUACGCCAACUUUGUAGAGGAUCAGUACAUGAGUGUGUUUGCCAUUGCCCUCCCCUACACCAACCCUUUCAAGUAGGUGCUUGGACUAGCUGUACUUGUUACUGUUAGAAUUUAAAGCUGCAAUCAACUUUGUUAUGGUCGUUUUAUUAAUGAAAUAAAGCAAGUGUAAAACUUGGAUUUCCCAUGCAUCAUUGAUAUAAGUAUGGGACAUUAAUUAUAAGUCUUCAAUGUAGUUUAUGCAUUCAUGAAUAACACAGUAGAGAUAUGAUUGAUUAUAUAAAAAUAAUGUCAUAUUAGGAACUUCCAUGCAAAAAUAACGAGAGGCGAAAAAGUUUUGAUUUAGGCCAAUUUAAUGUGUAGUGAACCUCUCGCCUCUCCGUUCUUAUAGAUUCAGCCACUAUACAGUUUCCCUGGCCCAUCACGUCAUAGGGAUCUGGUUCAUCAGGUGUAGACUGCCAUUCAGAAGAGGUUUUGUCAAGUACAUCCAAAGGGUAUGAGCAUCGUAAAUUGUAAUCUUCAACAAAAAAAACUAUGUUUAUCCAAAUAAAUUAAAAGCUUCUGAACAAAAUCUAUUUAAAUUAAGUAAAUUAUUUUUUUAAUUAUUUUAUUUUCUUCUUUCCAUUGGCUGUCAUAAAAUAUUGAUACUGUCACAUUUCUGUUUUCAUAGAAAUGUUAUGUGAUUAUAUGUCCAAUAAAUAUUAAAUUCUCAGGGUCUGAAGUACAAUGUCUUACAACUGUUUGAAGAGAAUUCAAUAAGACAUUUGAGUUCUUUCAACCAAGACUCUACAGACAGGGGUCGUACUAGCUCUCUGAAUGAAGGUCACCGCAGGUCAGUUUAUAUCAUAACAAAGUAGAGUUCACUUUUAAUGAGAGCCUGGUUCCUAAAAUGCUAAGAAGAUCAGAUAAUUCUCUCGGCAUUGCUGCCACCAUUCUUUGGCUGGUUAUUUCUAGUGAAUAGAUAUGAUAGGUGCAGUCAGCCAGAAAGUGAUCAUUGUACUCUAUCAUGUAUCACUUCUUAGAAAAAUUAUUAAAGGUUCAAAACUCAGCCGCUAGCUAAUUCAAGUAAUUCUAAAGGCAAAAAAACGUGAUCAUAUCACACCACUUCAUUCCCUUCAUUGGCUCCCUGUACAAGCACGUAUUGACUACAAACUCUCUGUUCUCUGUCACAACUUUUUCUCGAAUUCCUGCCCUUCAUCUCUAACUGAACUUCUCUCUGCCUAUUCAUCCCUUCGACAGCUUCGCUCCUCCGCAGACGCGCAUAUUCUUUCUGUCCCCAAGACUUGCACAAAAACCUACUGUGUACUAUUGUUCUCUUUCUGUGCCCCCAAACAAUGGAAUUCUCUUCCAUUACACAUCCGCAAUAUACCGACCAUCACAGCCUUCAAAACUGCACUCAAAACACAUCUCUUUAAUCUCUACUAUCCUGACUGAUUCCCACCCCUGACCGAAAAACGAUGGUACUGAGUGUCAUCCAUGGCUUGAGAAGUAAAUAGUUUUAAAUAUACAUAUGUUUAGUUUUAUUUUAUUAAUGCAUGUCAAUUAUUUUUAAAGUUUUUUUGAUUAUGUUUGUUAAAUUGUAUUUACAGCGUGGUGAGCCCAGCCCUAGGCUGGGGUACCACACUAUAUAAAACCAUGUAUAAUAAUAAUAAUAAUAAUAAUUGUGCAGUCAGUCUCAAAGAGAUCAUUAUAAUGUGUCCAAACAGCAGAAAUCAUAAAUUUUAGUCUUGAUGGCCAGAGCCUUUCCUCAACUUAAGCAAAUUUAAUAUUUAGCUAUUUAUUUACAUAGCCACUAUACUCGCUCUUUAAAUAUUAUUUAGCAGGCGCCGUAAUGUAUCUGGAGUUGAAGGUGUGCGUAAUGAUGGCCGUAUUCCCAUGGAUGAGAAGAUGUCCCAGUUUCACAAAGAAUUGACAGAAACUUGCAUUGACAUGAUGUCUAGAUAUGCCUUUGGCAACUUCACAGCCCUACCCAGAAGGUAUGUUUUUUGUUUCUUUCCUGUUAUCCUUAUCUUUCUUUUAUAUCUACACCUCAACUGUUAGCCACAUUUAAACAGCCAGACAUCAGAUAAAAUAAAAUUAACUAAGAAUACGCAGAACAUUCAUAAAAUAUUUUGAUAUUAAAAAUUUCUUAAACUUUUGCAUUGCUCACUUUGUAGGCGCAACGAAGAAGGUUUUAGUUCCUUCAUUGAUUAUUUCCUUUUAAAGAGAAAUAUAAAUUAAGUGCAUGGUGUUUAAAUCGACGGCAUAUUUCUUAUUUCAGAUCUCCUGUGGCUCAAUUUUUACUGAAGGAUGGCCAGUCUGGCAUGUGGGUUGUUGGCAACAAAAUCAUUACAGUGUCCACGAGCGGUGGAGGCAAUAAAUCUGGCAACUCUGGCCUGUGUGAUAACUGCCUGGCUGUGUUUCUGCGUUCCCAGGGGGAGUUUGGACAGGAUGUCAAGUCGUCUGCAUCAAAUGUGACGAUAUCCUCCAGACGAGACAGGCGUCGGCACAAGUCCAUGGCCAGCUUGGGACGCUCACAAACCCAGGUCAAAAGAAAUAUAUUAACUUAAGCAAGGAUCGAUAUUUGUCAAAUUUAUUUUCUGUUUUCAUUAUGGAUUGUUUGAAAAAUAAUACUGGAUUCUAAAACAUUAAUUAAAUUAAACAUGUUGAUUGAAUGCAUUAAAGAAAUUAAAUAUCAUUUUAAAGGUAAAUUGAUACACAUUGUUAUUUGACUGAAGAUGAAUAUGUCCAUGAUAUCAAACAAUUAACAACAUAUUUUGUAUCCUUUUUUUUUAAUUAGACCGAUUCCCUCGGGCUGUCAGAAUCAGAUGAGCUUCAGCUUCCACGUCGAAGCCUCGAUGACAUGAGCUUGCUUCAGGAUGCCAGUGGGGAUCCAUUUGGUAGAGAUGAUGUUGCUGUACAAACAGGAAGUUCAUUAAAUAAAGAUGGCCUUGAUCCUCUUUUGACUGGUCAGUCUAGAGCAAGAUAAAAUAAACCCUGGCAUUUCUGACCCAAUUUACUGAUGUCAAAAAAUGAUAACAUAAGCCUUUGAGCUUUGUUGGAUCCAGUUCCAUCAAUAUUGUAAUUCAUCAUAUGUAUAUGGUAAAUGGCUUAAUAAAACUCAUUUAUGUCACAUAUACCAGGCACAUAACAUCCUAUUGCUCCUGAAAGUUUUGAGCUUCAUGACUUGAAUCGUAUUAUGAAGACGGCGUUUCCUCAUAAAUAUAAUUGAAAACCAUCACCAUUUUUAUAAACGACUCCGUGCUCAGAUUUGUUCCUUUUCUUCUGUUGACCAGAGAUCAAGCAUCAGUUCCCUGAACACCGAACUUUCUCUUCAACUCAAUGCAGUUGUUGGUGCACCAGCUGGGCUGAGGUCAACAUUCGAGGAGCCAGUGGUGUUGUCUCUUGGAUGAUGAGGAUAGAGAAUGAAUCCAGCAGCUACAGCUUCUACUCCGACCCAUCCCUACCUGAUAUUACUCAACUCUUGGCUCCUGUCAGAUGCAAGUAAGCAACAUUCCAUUGUUUCAUCAUCCCAUGCAGCUCAUAUAGGGCUCUGGUCAGCCUCACCUUUUACUUCCGCUCUGACCUAACGGAUGAAUUCAUUUUCCAUGCUUGAAUUCCCGGCUGCUGUAGAUCUUUUUCCACAUCAUCCAUCCAUCUAAGCCUAGGUCUGCCUUUGAGCCGUUUUCCUCUGGGAUUUUGGUGGUGCACCUUUAUCAGUCUUCUGUCAUUUGGCAUUCUAAGUGUCUCGCCUAGCUCAGCCUACCCUUUAUUUCUGCUACUAGCGUGGGAUCCUGAUAUAGUCUAUACUAUUCCUGGUUGGUUCGUAUUCUCUGUCCAUAUUCAUCCUUUGUUGGUCCGUAUAUUUUCCGGAUAAUUUUUUUCUCGCCCAUGUGUUUAAUAGGUUUUCCGAGGUUUUUCUUUUUUAGGGUCUUAGGCCUCGUCUAAUCUGAAAUUGAUCCUGAUCCUUAAUUUCGCUUUUUGAAUUGUUUAAUGUUGACGUCACCAAUUAAAUAUGUAGAGCUGUGCCAACCCCACCUCUCCCUUGAUUGGGAAAAAGGUUGUUUGCUUUCAAAUAUGUUCUGUUUGUUCUAAAGAAUGAUUUCAAGUGGCGCAAUAUGUAGAAUUUCGUUUCUGGAGGUUUCUAACUUGCUCCCUAUAUAUAUAAGCUGGCUUCUUUCCUAACAGGAGAGAGAUUUUAGCUAUUUUCCUAAGCAUUUAAUAUACUUACAAGAAAAACUCUUUAGGGUGUGUGUAUUUAAAUAAUUGUAUCUUUCAAUGAGUAACUCUACUUCAUUUUAAAAAAAACUUUAAAAUCAUUAUUUACUUAGAUAAUAAAUAUUUUGAAGUCCACUUGUGCAUGACGUCUAGAGUUACAGUUGAAGCACCCUGCUAUCUUCAAGUUGAAAAGCCCCGAAUAAUAUUGAUUAAAAAUGAUUACAAAUGUGUAUAAGUUAAUAAUUGUCCUGUAAGAAAUCAUUCAAAUUCAGUCAAUCGUACACGAAAUACUUUUUAUUUAUUUUUACUGUGUUUUGGAUAUGUUCUUAUAAAACAAACUUCUGAGCUUUAAGUUUCCAUGCUAAAAUUUUGUGAAGUUAUUUGCUAAUUAUGCAAAAUGAAAUCAGUUAUUAAAAUAAAUUAAAAUAAUUUUGAAAAACUCAUCAGUUUGUCAUCUUCAAAACAAUACAAUCGUAACAAUUAAAGACACCCAUUUGUUUCUGUAUUAAUACCAGAACUCCAGACUCAGACAGUCUUGGAAAAAUUGACAGCGGAAGUCUGUGUGAGGAAGAGUAUGAAACACUACAUUCACAGCAUUUCUCAGAGACAGAGAAAAGUAGUAAGUUGUAAAUGAGGAAUAUUAAAUACCAAGCCUUUUUAAAAUAGCCUCAUUAGACGUAAAAUGAUUUUUAAAAAGCUGACUCUGUGAAUCCAGUCUGACUAAACUGUUUUUAUUCACAGCAUCAAGGGAAGAUCUUAAUGGAGGAGAUCCACACGAGGUAACGGCAAAUAUUAGUUUUUUGGUGACAGUAGUAACAAAUUAAAUCUAUUAUAGUCUUUUAACAAAUUUUGUUUUUUGUGUGUCUUUUUUCAGAUGUAUAUAUAUUAUAGUUUUCCUUAAUCCACGCCUGCUUAAAGUGAUUCCUAUUCAGGUGUGUAUUUUAAAACUGUUUGUUGACAGGUCAGGACUUCGUGUGUACAAACUGAGUUCAACCACCAGGCCUCCAUCAGGAGGGUGAGCUCAUCCCCAACCUUCGUCACCGAUUCCCUCAAUGAAGAAUUGGGCCAGAGCCAACGCAGCAGGUCAGACAGAAAUCUACAAGCUCAAACAAUUGUUAAAAGUCUGGACACUGAGGCUUCUAGAUACCGCAGUGAGGCUGAAGACUUCUCUCAGACGGAAUCUGUCCAGUUUGAACAUGCCCAUAGUAACAUAAACAGACCAAUAGCAGGAACAACAUCCGAGAGAAAGUCUGACUUGUCUUUGAAGCUUUCAAUGGAUGAGAAAAAUCUGGACAAAGCCCCACAGAAAAAUUCAGUAGAAAGCAAUGACGGUGUUUUUAAAUCUGGACAGUCCCUUCCAAGCAAACAUGGCAGCCCUGACGCUGCUGCCUACAGAAGUAGAGCGGAGACAAGUUCUGGGGAAAUACAUAGGAAACCAAUUGGUGUUCAGAGUGUGGAGAGCAAUGAGCACAAAAAGAUUGCUCAGAGGAGUUACUCCAUGGAACUGGAGGGGACCAGACGACCCGAGCACCUGCAGCUUCUGAGUUCCCACAGUCGAGAUAUUGAUAAGUUUGUUCAAGAAUGUAAGUUUGCUUGUUUUCCCCCUGAUGUUUUAAGCCUCUGAACCAUCGGGUCCCAUUGGGUCCUAGUCUUUUCAUUUGACUUUUAUCUUAGGGGGCGUCGGAACAACUCUCUCUGGGAUCCUGGUCUUAAAAUACUUAUUUUAGUUAAACUGAAGAAUUAAGUUUACAAACAUAUAGUCCAUUCAAUUAUCUUUUAUAAAUAUAUCUAGUAAAAUUUACACGAUUAUAAAAUUAUUUUGUUAUAUCUAAAUAUGUCUUUUGUCCAUGACUAUUAUGAAAUGUAUAAUGGGGAGAAAAAUGUCUUAGAAUUGGUGUAGAAUGGCAUAGUAGAUGGUCACUUUUGUGCCCCUGGUUUUCAUGAAAACCAUGGCUAGUACUUGGGGUAGACAUUGUUGUUUAUUUCCCAAAGCAGACAUUCCAUCACAAGCUCUAGUUGAAGUCCAUCGAUCGUCACUACCAAUAUCUAAAUGCUAUUGUUAUAAAAAAAAAAGUUUGAGAACCACUUGUAUAGGGUAAGGAAUGGGAGACCGAAAUAUCAGUCUAGCGGGGUAUGGAUUUGCAACUCACAGACUGAUAUAGUGGGAUCAUGGGUUCAAAGGUUCACUAUAUGAUGUAGGUUUUUUACCACAAAUUUGUAACAUUAUUCUGCAAAGAUCUGUAACCACAUCUUCCAGGUUGUUCUGCCAUGAGAGUUACAUUGCAUGAGAUCUGUUUGUCUUUUAAAAAUAAAUUUAUGAAAAAUAUUUCUUAAAUUAAGCAUUACUUGGGGUAGAGAAUGAUUGCAGCAGAGCAUAAAAAUAUGCAAGCAGAGAAUGAUUGAUACAGAGAAUUAUUGCCAGCAGAGAAUGAUUGCAAGCAGAGAAUGAUUGAUACAGAGAAUUAUUGCAAGCAGAGAAUUAUUGCAAGCAGAGAAUGAUUGCAAGCAGAGAAUGAUUGCAAGCAGAGAAUGAUUGCAGCAGAGAAUGAUUGCAGCAGAGUAUGAUUGCAGCAGAGUAUGAUUGCAGCAGAGUAUGAUUGCAGCAGAGUAUGAUUGCAGCAGAGUAUGAUUGCAGCAGAGUAUGAUUGCAGCAGAGUAUGAUUGCAGCAGAGAAUGAUGCAUAAAAUGGUUGCAGCAGCAGAUAUGAUAAUCUUAAAAAAUGUGGAGUUAAGAAAUAUUCCAAUUUUCUCAAUAUAAUUUUCAUAAUUUAAAAAAAAAAUAUAUCUUCUUCAUAUAAGUUGGGUUAUGAGAAGUGUAUCAACCUAAAUUACAAGCCUUCAGAUUUUGUUUGUAUUGGUGAUAGAAUCUAUUUUCUUUGAAUUAACAUUUUGUGUGUAACUGUUUGCCUAGCUUCACCUAAUGAUGAAUCAAGCACAUCCUCACUUCAAGAUGAGGUCCCAGAGUUGAGACAGAUGAAACGCCGUGGACACACCAUUUCUGUCAUGAGUACGGCUGCAGCAGAUGCACGCCAAGCUGAUGAAUUUCAGGCAAGUUAAAAUAUCUGUUAGGUUUAGACUGACCGAUACCAUUCCUGUUUACCCUCAAAACUCUUAAAAUCGUACAAAAUCAUCACAAAAUCUUUCAAUACAUUAUCUUAGUAGUAAAAAAAACAUGAAGUAUAUAUAAUGUAUACGCCUGAAAAUCGUACAUUGUACGCCAAAAUCAUAAGAGUAAACAGGUCUGCGAUACAUCUGAAAUAGACUUUUAUCCUUUAUACGUCUUACAUUUCAUUUGUCUCGGCUUUUUUAACUCUUUGCAUCUAUUCUGUGGUGUUCAAAUUGUAGUUCAAGAAAUUGUCUAUGGAAAGUGCGCCAGACUUAUGAUCCAUUAUGUUAUGUAAGUUGAAGCACAUGACCAAAAUUAAACCAUUUCCGCUGUCAGCAACCCCACAAUUUUUUUACACUCGGCUCCUACCUGGCGUAAUUCACAACACAACACAAUACUUCUGAUGUAGGGUUCAGGAUGUUUGGCUAAAGGUGAAGUUUCCACCAGAAUAUCGGUCUUCAUUAUGGAGGAAUCCAAAUUAUUUUUCUUUGUUAUCAAGUUAUGAGAAUCCCAAAACAUUGAGAAGUUGAUUAGCAAACUUAGAGAUAAAGAUAUCAGAAAGACUGAUGCAGAAUCUAUUGAUGAAAAAAGUAUUAGUUUUAUUUAUUUGGUUAAAGAUGAAAUUGAAAAUGAUUUUAAAAAUUGUCUACAUCAAAAGUCGGUUUGGGUGGAGUGGUUUAAAAAAAAUUGACCAGACUUAAUAGUUCUUGUAGUUCGUGGUGUACAAAUAAUCUUUGAAUUUUAAUCUUUGUUUCUAAUGUUAUCAGAUGGUUGUAUUAUUAAUAAUUUGUUACAUCAAAGAACAGAAUUACUUAUCUGAAGUGGACAUUCCAACAGCCAAACCAGUUGUGUCACUUUCCUGUUUCUAUUUCCCACCCCCAGGGCUCUGGGUCAGCCAAAGACAGUAAGACUGGCCUUAACCCAAACUAUGUCUUCUUACAACUCUAUCAUAGCCACCCACUGGUGCAGAGCCAGGAGCAGCCUCUGAGAGUGCCUCAAACUGAUGUAAGUUUUUGUAAAUAACAGUACUAUAUUUAACUAGAAUAUAUGACCCGAUGUUAUCGGGAUAAUAAUGGUAGGUCCUUUGCGAUAAUUUCUACUUGGUAUUUCAAAAACUCGUCACAAUUCCUAAUUUUUAAAAGAAGUAUCUAUGUAAUGAUAUUUACGUUUCUAAUAUUAAGUUUUUAGAAGUAUUUAUCUGCUAUAUAUUAUAAGCCUACCCUACUCCCUUUCAUGCCCUAAACUACUUAUUACCCAAUCUAAAUUAUCUCUAAUUAUAUCACUUUUGUCACUAAAGAAGUAAAUUGAGGGAUGAUUUCUACGCUAGAGAAAUACUUUAGAUUUAUCCCUUUUUGUGCCAAUGAACUACAACUUUUUUUACUCUAAAAAUUGUGAAAAUAUAAUCCUCUUUUCAUGCCCUUGAACUAAAACUUUUUUUUUCUCUAAAAAGUGGAAAAUAUCUUAAAUUCACAACAAAAACUCUAUAUAUGAUAUAAGUAUAUUUUAUAUUAAAAGAAUUUGAUAUGUUGAUAUCUUCAUCAAAAAUUUAAACAAAUUUGUUUUGCCCUUGUUUUUUUAAUUAUACAUUAUCAGAAAGAACAAAGACUUCUUUUAUUCAAAGGAAAAUCUCGCAACUGUUUUUCACGUCUUUAACUAAUCGACUUUAGUGUUGUUGUUUUUUUAUUAAAUUGUUAAUCUCAUAAAAAUGCACACCCUUUUUACUUUUCGCAAAGUAAAAACAAAAAUAUAUUUUCAUUUUUUGAAAGAAAAUAUUAACCCAUCACCGUUUUUCAAAAUUAAAUUUUUAAGUGUGUAAAAUGAUUGGGAUUUGAUAUUCAUGGGUAUACUUGUAUAAAUGUACACACGAUUUGUUAACGCCAUUGAUUUUCUUAAUUGGUAAACAUAUGUUUAUUUGUAAAAAGAGAAUGUAACAUCUCUUUUUUCACUAAUGUAAUACCAUAGGAUUUAAAUAUAUUGUCAUCCACGUAAAAAUGUACACAUCCUAUUUCCUAUCUUUGAUAUAUAUGUACCCCAAGAGGGUUAAUUAUUUAUCAAAUUCAUUCCUUUAUUUUGAGACAUAUCUUGUGCUGCCUGGGGAAGUGACCAACCCCUCCCCCACACAUUUAAAUAAAUUUAGAAAAUCUUCCACCGAAUUGUAGUCCCUUCCAUACCCAAACUAUCAUAUUGUGCACUUCACAUGGCUUGUUCUUAUUUGGAUGAGUUAUAAGUGGAUUAGUGAAUGUUAUUUGGCUAUGGAGUUUCGCUGCACUGAUUGACUUAUACGGCAUUUUCUUAUUGGAAUUAUAUUUAAAGGUUAAGUUUUUAUUACAUUAUAAAUUUAAUAAAAGUAUAUUUUUGGAAUUAAAAGUAAAAACUUAUUAAAUGUUAAAAAUACAAUGCUAAAAUUUUUGUGCUUUUUAUUAACAAUUUAAAAAGCAAUCAAUUAUAUUUAUUAAUUUUACUUUUAAGAAAGGGAAAAUACAUUAUCAGUUUUGUAACAUGUUUGCCUAACAUUUGCUGUUUUUUUUUAGAACAAAUUAAUUUUAAUUUUAUUUUGCAACAUUAACAACACACUAAAAAACGCACUAAAAACAACUGAUGUUUGGGUUUUCCCGAUAAAUUUGAUUACGUGUAAUUCAUCAAUUUUUAAAUAUUUUUUUUCAUAACUUUCAAAGGCAUAUAAAAUGCUUGUUAUUUAUAAUAAUAAUACUUCAACUUUUACUAAAAUAAAAGCAGAAAUAUAUAUAUAUAAAAAUAAAUAUUUUUUGCGUAUUUAAAUUUAUUUGAUUUCCUUAAAAUAAUAGAAAAUAACUAUGAUCGUUUUUAAGAAUCCAAACAUAUAGAGAUAUGGGAUUCAAGGCACCACUAAAACAUGGAUCUCUAGCUUCCUCAGCCACCGACUCCAAGCAGUAGUGGUGGGCGGUACAAGCUCCUCCUUUGUCGAUGUGAAGUCAGGGGUCCCCCAGGGAUCAGUCCUGGGCCCCUGUUUGUUCCUAGCAUACAUUAAUGACCUACCCGAGAAACUGACAUCACAGGCAAGACUGUUCGCAGAUGACACAGCAGUGUAUAGGAUGAUCGCCAACAGAUCUGACCAGGACCAGCUACAACAGGAUCUCAAUCUGUUAGCUGAGUGGGAGAUAAGCUGGGACAUGGAAUUUCACCCUGCCAAGUGCCAGACACUAUCAAUCUCUAGAAGUUGUACUCCUCUACACUACCAAUACGAACUGCACGGCCAUAUACUUGAGCAAGUUUCCUCCGUAAAGUACCUGGGAGUUAACAUUCAAAGAGAGGUCCGCUGGGACGAGCAUAUUAACAAUGUAUGUAACCAAGCAAACAAGACCCAAGGGUUCUUAAGGCGAAAUCUACUGUGUGAAAGAAAGAGCAUAUAAGCCUUUAUCCGUCCGAUUUUAGAUUAUGCAUCUUCAGUCUGGGACCCAUUUACCCAGAAGAGCAUUGACAGGUUGGAGGCGGUCCAGCGACGAGCAGCACGCUUUGUCCUAAACCGCUACAGGAAUACCUCUAGUGUUGGCAGCAUGCUAGAAACACUAGGCUGGUCACCAUUGGAGAAACGACGACGACAAUCCAGGCUCUCCAUGAUGUACAAGAUAAAUAAUGGGCUGGUCCACUGUUCCAGUAUUAAACAGAAACUCGUCCCUCUCCCCCAUAGACAGCGACGAGGCCAUGACAGGCAAUUCAGGCUCAUACCAGCAAGAAGCCAGUAUAGGAGCUGCUCAUUCCUGCCCAAGACAAUCAGGGACUGGAACAAUCUUUCAAAAGGAACGGUUGAGGCGACAACACUAGACACAUUUGUGUCUAUUGCAUCAAGCCUUCAAACCCCUAGUGCAUGAUUUCCUCAUCAACACCAGUAACAGAAACAUUGCAAAUCCCAUCUACAUGCAUAGGAGCCAAAAUGAUCAAUAAAUUGAUCGUGGGCCCUUAAGAUAUAGAAGAAGAAAUCUUUUCGCUUCUUUGUCGUUAUGGUCAGCCUAGCUCAUUCUUAUAUAUAUAGUGCACUUUAGGCCUGAUGUAUGUUGUAAAUAACAGUACUAUAAAUGAUAAGAUUUUAAAAAAUUAUAGUUCAUUUCAAUCAGCUGAUCUGCUCAUACCAUUAUAUGCUUUUCUCAAUUUAGAAGUUCCGACGUACAGUUGACAUGUUGGAUCAUAUCUACCCAUACGAAACCCAUAAAAUAGGAGUGUUGUAUAUGGGUAAAGGCCAGGUAAAUAAUUGUUCAAGACUGUCAAAAUUAUGUUAUUCAACACUGUCAAAAGUCUUUGUAUCUUUUAUUGUAUGUUAAUGCUGUCAUUAGUCUGUGAUUUAUGCAAUGGUUUUUAUAUGAGAAACAUGAAUCUCUUCUGUCGGCUCUAGAGAAAAUUGGUAAUGGUUGUUGGUUAUUUUGAAUGUCCUAAUUAUAAGAUACAAUUUUGUACUGCUUGUACGCUGGUAGGCCAGUGAUGAGAAAACUCUACUGAGCAAUGAGUUUGGUUCUCCCCGCUACACAAAGUUCAUUAUGGCACUAGGAGACAUGAUCAGCAUAGAGGAAGCUGAAAGGGAAAAAGUUUACCUCGGUGGACUUACCCCAAGUGAUGGCAAAUUUGCUGUGGCCUGGCAGGAUGAGUCUCUGAGAGGUGAGAAAUCUUUAUAUAAAGUCUAUAGAAACAAAGUAUUUCAGCUUGCAUAUAAGUAUAAGCCUCAUCUAAACAACAUAAUACAUUUGAGAUAAGGAAUGAACACUGAAAUAUUAUGUUUAAUAAUUUUCUAAAAAUUAUUUUUGCUUAUUUCUAUUGACAAAAAUUUUUGGAUGUUAUAAUGAAUGUUUUUGUUUGUGUUGAAAUUCAGUUAUUUUUCACAUUGCCACACUGAUGCCCAAUCGACCUGGAGACACAAGGUUCAAUAAUAAGAAAAGCCACAUUGGAAAUGAUUUUGUCACAAUUGUUUACAAUGACAGUUCUGAGGAUUAUAAAAGUGGGACCAUUUCUGUGAGUUCAAGAAUAUUUUAAAAAUUAAAUUUAGUGUAUUUGAAAUGGCAGAGAUGUUCGAACAUAUUUGCAAAAUAAAGUAUAAAUUUGUAAACAAGUAAAACCAUAGUAUGUAUAAGGAGCUGCAUUUAGGUCGUAUGAAGUAAAUACAUUGUGUAACAAGAUAUGUUUAGGCUUGAACAAAAUUUUCUCAUAUCUUUUUACCCUAUUUAUUUAAAUAAGUAAAACCAGUUGAAGUAUACGGUCAUUGUUAUAAAACAGUGCUUCGUUUCUUUAACUUAAGCAAGGUAACUUUGAACAAAUUUAAAUCACUAUAUGCUGCAAAUGUAAACUCUGACCAUAAGAAAGCAUAGGUCAAAGAUAUAAGCAUAAAAUAAGUUUGCAAAAAAAAAAUCACUUGAACUGACUUAACUGAGAUUAUACAAAAAUGUGAAAGUGCUACUUGUGACUCAUUGAAAGGAAAAUCUAAUUAUAUUUUCAGGGCCAAUUUAACUUUGUGAGUAUCAUCAUUAGGCCUCUUGACUACGAAAGCAAUGCUGUUACACUCACUACAAAAGAAGGUGAGGUUACUCAACUAUUCUUUCUUUCUAUCAUUUUUAACAGUGGGAAAUUCUAGUACCGUUAACUUAAGGAAACUCAAAUUUAGAAUACUAUUUAUAACAUUAUACAGUUACAUGUAAAUCAUAUUUUAGCUCCAGUUAUUUCAAGGUGUAAUUUUACUUUAAACACUUUGAGUUUCAUAGCUUUGCUCUUUUAAUAAUUCACUCUUAUAUCAAGUUUUCUAAUUCUUUAACAAUUUUUAAUAUUUUACAAUAUUUUAGUAUUCUUAUUUUUCAUUCGGUUCUUUUUGGUUGCAAACAACGACAAGUCUUAUGAUUUACAUAUUUAGUUAUCUGCAGUCUUAUUAAAUUUUAUAACUAAACAAAGGUUAUGUCUAAGGAAUUUGCUGUGUAUGCCUUUACACUUGGGAUUUUCUUUGUUGACAAAUGUAACUCAUCUUUUUGGGGGAAUUUCAAGUCAAGUGUUUUAGUUUUUAAAUAAAGUCUUUCAGAAUUGAACGCAGUUUUUUUAGCAUUCACAUUUUUUAAUGGAUGGUAGGAGGAGGAGAACCUGUUCUACAUUAUCUUUAUAAGUGGCUACUUUGAUGUAAAGAAAAUAUCUUUACAAGUGGUUAUUUUAAUGUACAGAAUUGAUCUUUAAAAGUGGCUAAUUUAAUGUAAAGAAUAGAUCUUUAAGUGGCUACUUUAAUUAUGUAAAGAAUAGAUCUUUAUAAGUGGCUACUUUAAUUUAUGUAAAGAAUAUAUCUUUAUAACUGGCUACUUUAAUUUAUGUAAAAAGAUCUUUAUAAGUGGCUACUUUAAUUUAUGUAAAGAAAAGAUCUUUAUAAGUAGCUACUUUAAUUUAUGUAAAGAAAAGAUCUUUGUAAGUGGCUACUUUAAUUUAUGUAAAGAAUAGAUCUUUAUAAGUUUCUAACUUAAUGUACAGAUAGAAAAAGAGACUCUUCAAUGCUAAAGUUGACAUUUAAUCCCAUUCUACUAUAUCAUGAGAUUAGGGAAAUGAUUUAUCAAGAUGAAUAGAAAUAGUAAAUAAACUGAAACCUUAUAAUGUUGCAACAACAGUUCAGAAAUCUUCAUAAAAUUGUAUAUAAUAGUAUACCGAAGAAAAACCGUGCUCAAAACAAAUGUAGAACAAAUGUAGAUAUGAAUUUUUGGUGCUUCACUUAGUGGGAAGUAAUCAGUAGAAUUAUGAAUAUGCCAUGCCAACAUUUUUUUUUACAGGAUCCAUUACUAAAAAUGCCAGGAGUUUUGUUAUUGAUAAUCUUAAUAGUUGUUUUCAUGACUGUUAUUUCCACCCUAAAUGCCAGUUUACAAUUUUCACAUUUAGGUUUAGGAACAAUGCAGGGUAAGCCAUUGCUACCGGACUUGUCUGUUCCCAACAAUAACCAGAUUGUCUCCUGUUUGUGUGUACCCAAUCUUUUAGCUGCUUUCUGCCCAAUCUUUUAGCUGCGAUGUGCCCAAUCUUUUAACUGCUGUGUUUUCCAUUUGUUAAAUUUGUUUGCCUUUAAAAUUUAGUGUAGUCUGCUUAAGUGUAUUUCAGUAUUUUAAGACAUUUAGAAUUUUAAAUUUUCCUCUGUUUUAAGAAUAAGUUAACAUCACAUCUGAGUUUAGCCAAUUCUAUCGCUUUAAGCCAGUUCUAUUGAGUUAGUUAACAUCCCUUCUGAGUUUACCCAGAUCUACCGGGUCUAUUUAGUUUUCCCAUAGAUGUCAUUAAAUAUUUAUUCUAAAUAACCUGGGAAAUCAGGCAUUUUCAAUGUCACUAGGUUUGGGGGGAGCAAGAACGUGAAGUUAAAAUUAAUUUACUAGCAUCCAUAAAGACAUGCUAUUAAACAUCCAUAACAAAGUACUACAGGAGAUUUCCGUAAAUAGCCCCCCCCCCCCAGCAUAAGCCCAUGGGCCUGUAUACGGAAAGUCUUUCCACAUACAGGCCCAAGGGCUUAUAUUAGGUUAAAAAAUUAUUAAACCCACAUACCGAAACUUCUGAUGAAUCUUCACUGUCAUUAAGUAUUAUAAAAAUAAAUUUUAAUGUUUUUUUUAUUGUUGCUAAACAUAAAACUUCAAACGAUAAACGUAAAACCACAAUUGUAUUAUUUUCGGAACAUUUUAUUGGAAAUUAUUUCCGGGAAAAAUUAUUUUUUUUAACCCGCACAUGCAUUUCUGUUUCCGUUUAUGAUUCGAUAAGCGUUCUUUAAAACAUGCCUCUAAAAAGAAAAUCCUACACAAUCGACAAUAAAUUGGAUAUCAUUAAGAAACUAGAGAAUGAAUAUGGAGGGAAUAUUAGUCUAGCAUCUAGAGAGACUGGUAUAGAUUGGAAGCGAAUAAGAGAGUGGUUAAAACAAAAAAAAUGAUUUGUGCCAGGGAGAAGAUAUGAAAAAGACUGAUUGGAGGUCAAAGGCCAGCCUUUCAUGAAAGGUUAGAACAUGAUUUGUUUGACUGGUUUGUAAAAAAUAGGGAGGAAAAGAAAUAUAUCAACUAUAAGGAUAUAAGAGAGAAGGCACUUGCAUUGAAAGAAGAAUUUGAAGUCGGCGAUGAUUUUAAAUGCUCUUAUAAAUGGAUCUGUAAUUUUUGUCAGAGGCAUUACUUAAGUUCACGAAGAAUAACUCAUCAUGGCCAACAAGAUGACAGAGAUAAAAUGGUGAUUAAAAGGACAGUGAAAAAUUACAUGGAAUGUGUGCAUGCAGCAACGGUCGAACUAACCGAUGAGGACAUUUUCAACAUGGAUGAGACCCCAUGCUAUGUUGACAUGAUUGGGAGUUCAACGUUGCAUUUUGUUGGUGACAAAAAUGUUGACGGCAUGAAUACAGGGCAUGAAAAGACACGGUAUACUGUGGUUUUAUGCAUAAGUGCUUCUGGUCGGGUUAUCAAGGCCAUGGUAAUACUGAAUGGACUUAAAAAUGUACCAAAAUGUGACAUUCCGGAAAAUAUUUUUUUGACGGUGUCAAAGGGAGGCUCCAUGACAGAGGAUCUAAUGAUUGAAUGGCUUGAAAAUGUCUACAAAAGAAGAGGGCCUUAUUUCGCAACAAGAAAAUCGUUGUUGAUCAUGGACAGUCAGUUUCCACACAAAUGAAGCUGUUCUUGCAGCAUGUACACACAUAAAUGCAACUGUCAAACUUAUUGCUGCCAAAACAACAUCAUUCCUACAGCCCUUAGAUGUUGGUGUUAAUUUCCCAUUUAAGGCUAUUUUAAAGCAGAAAUGGAAAGAUUGGUUUGAAAAUGGGGUGAAGGAAUAUACACGAGGUGGAUACAGGAAAAAAAACAUCUUAUGAACAAUUACUUCAAAUGGUGACAGAAAGUAAAGCGUAAAAAUGAUCUCACCUGAAAACAUACGAAAAUCAUUUAGUGCAUGUGGGGGUAAUACGUGUUGAUGACAAGCAUCUCAACAAGCGAUUGAAAGCUGCAUUCAGUUUUGAAGCUGAAGAAGGUAUCAGACGUGCACAUGAACAGAACGAUGAUGAAGAAGAGUCUGAUGACCCUUUUGAAGAUCUUACAGAUUAACAUCUUAGAGAUUAAAAACAUUUUUUUUACUUUUUCAAUAUUUUCAAACAGCAAAAUUUUAAAGUAAAUUAUCUUAACUGUGUUAUCUGUAUUUUUAUUUAUCAGUAUUUACCGGUAUUUCUUUUCUCAAGAAGAUUGUUGGAUGAAUGAUUACAUUUAAAUCCAUGGGUAAUCUGAUUUAUCUGAAAAACAAUCUUUCAAAAAUGAUCCUUUCACUUUACUUACGACUGAUCUUUAUUACAAAAUAAAAUAACGUUUUAAAUUUUUUAUAACAUAUUUUCAACUUAGAAAAGAUUUUGACUGAAAAACAGAAAAAAAAUGUACAAAGAAAUUGCAUGAGAGUGUCUCAGGUAAUAAGUAGUUUAACUGAUUUGUAUUUUCCAUUUAAACGCCCAUGGGCCUGUAUUUGGUACACAAAUCUCAAUCAUGUAACAUCAAUUUUCAGUUUUGAAGCCUAGGGCUUAUUUUCGGAAAUCUCCGGUAGUUGAUUAAACAUCCAUAACAAAGUGCUGGGUUCAUUACACUCCCCCCACCCCCUUUUUUCUUCCUCACCUGGCUAUGCUUAUGUUUAAGUUUUGAAAAUGUCACUUCUAUAGUCAUCUUAAUUAUAACCAAGAAUGCUAAAGUGUGUGUGGAAGGUAUGCAUUACGGUAUUUAAUCAUCCCAGUCUAUCAAUUAAGCAUGUCAGCACUCUAAUCUGUACCGCAGUUUUACCUUACCUCACCAAGCACAUCAAUCAGUAGCACAAUUAACAAAGCAACAUAUUACUCUGUAAACAAUGGCUUUAAGUAGGAGGCAUGUCCUAAAUGUAAAACAUGAAUAGAAUCUUGGAUUUUUAAAGUUGGAUUGAAUAGUAUGAAGGUAAAGUACUCAGGACAUUGGAUUGGAUAGUUUGAAAAUAAGUACUCGAAAAUUGGAUUGGAUAGUUUAAGUUAAAGUACUCAGGCAUUUACACAAAUCUGUGGUUGACACUUUUUAGUUGAUCACUUGGUAAGAAAUCAAAAUGAUACAAGUCUUAGACUUAAGCUUAAGAAUUUACACCUUUAGUAAACCGGUUAUGUCAAUACUUGUGGAACAAUUCUAAUUCUGGGCUUCACUGCACAUUAAUUUUAAUCACUUAUUUCUUUGAUCCCUUGUUAGUGGCAUGUGUGAUUAUAGAAUUUCUGAUCUUAUGUAUGUUUCAAUUUUCAUUGCAUAUUUAGUAGUAGCAUGAACAAGCUUCUCAAUGCCAAAACGUCAUUCUGCUUUUUGUGCCAAAUAAGCUCUCUAUACUCAUAGCUUUAAUUUUGUGCCAAAUAAGCUCUCUAUAUUGAUGGUAUUAAUGUUGUGCCAAAUUUAUAUAAACACUGUCAAAUAUAUAAUAAGUGGGGUUUUAUAAAUACUGUUAAUUAUAUAUUGAUAAGUUGAGUUAUAUAACUUUUUUUAUUUUAAAAGAUGUGCCUAAUACAACUUACAAUAAAAUCUUGUGGUAAAAUAACUUGAAAUCUUAUUUUUAUUUAUGAUAAUAAGCUAAUAGUACUUCAACUUCUAGGUAUUUUUUUUAUAUAUUUAAAUUUAAGAUUGUCAGUUUUAAUACUUGUUCAACUGAAGAUUUUGGCUUUUCCAUAUUAUAUUUAUAACAUGGACUAAUAACUGUACACUAUUAAAAAUUUAAUCUUUUGGCAUGUAAAGAAAAGCCAUGAUCUUAAAGAAAAACAUUUUUCAAAAACUUCAGAUCACAUGCAAUUUGUUUAAAAUCAGAAAAUGUCAAUGUAUUCCCAGAUAUAGCUGACAUUCUGGGCCACACCCACACAAAGAUUAUCUCAGAUGCUAAUCUCCCACUCCUGGUCAGACAAAUAGCCAUCAAUUGUAAUGUAAGUACAAUCAUAAAUGUCUGUUGUUGGGGUCUACCGACAGUUAACUACUUCUGGUUCCGUUAUCUAGGGUCAACAAUUCUGUUACGCUCUUUGAUAAGAGUCAUGCAAACACAGCCAAGAAAUACUUUAAAUAAUUAACAACAAAUCUCUUGUUAAACAUCUACUGUUAUUUCAAUUGAUAUGAACACUGUUUGAAAACACAAAUUUAUCUUCCAAGUAAUGAAACAAUCCCAAACAAGGUCACACAAGAUGGCUGACACUCUGACCUCUGUUCACGGCCAGACACUAAAAUCAAGUAGGAAUUGGGCUCCACUCUUAACUUUAAGGGCUCUCACUCCUACUUAAUCUCAAUAGUACUUAACGGGCACUGUCAACACGCUAAUAGACAAUUACUAGAACUCUUGAGCACAACUUCACUAGGGGAACUUACAUCUUUCUUGCCCACACUUUUUAUCUUCAUUUGUUUCUUAUUUCCCUUCCAUCUGAUAGCCUUUAGACAGAAGAAUUCAAACUCAACUCACUGUAACAAAAACAUUCACUGUGAUUAUCAAUCAUAUAUACAACUUGGGGCAAACUUUAGGAAAAAAUUCUUAGUUCUCUGUGCACAGAUUACAUUUUUGGCAAUCUGCAGUGGUGGUGCAAUCAACACAACUCUUAGAUUAGACUUAUCCUAACUUCCAUUACUGAUAGGACAAUCAGUGGUGGUGCAAUCAACACAACUUUUAGAUUAGACUUAUUCUAACUUCCAUUACUGAUAGGACAAUCAGUGGUAGUGCAAUCAACACAACUCUUAGAUUAGACUUAUUCUAACUUCCAUUACUGAUAGCACAAUCAGUGGUGGUGCAAUCAACACAACUCUUAGAUAAGACUUAUUCUAACUUCCAUUACUGAUAGGACAACACAAACACUUGACUCUACAGACUAGCUGUCUCAUUUGCCGUUAUGCCCAAUAGUCUCACUCAAACCCUGACAUACCUCUCUAUGAUUGAGACUACAUUGUAGCAUUAUGUCACAAUAGUCUCACUCAAACCAUGACAUUCUUCCCUAUGGUUAAAACUAAUGUACCAAUAUGUCACAAUAGUCUCACUCAGGCUGUGACAUUCCUCUCUGAUUGAAACUGCUUGUACCAUUAUGUCACAAAAGUCUCAUUCAGACCAUGACAUUCCUCUCUCUCUCAGGCCUGCACAACUCAAAAUGUAAGGCAGGCCGUAAUUUAUGAAAAACUUGUGCGGGCCAAAAGAAAAAAGGACAGGACUUUUGUGGGCCAAAAGAAAAUAGGACAGGGGGAAAGCUAUUAAGAAAAUGAUAAGAAUAAAGAAUAUUUUGUUACUUCGCGGGCCACAAAGUGGAUGCUGGAGGGCUGUAUGUUGUGCAGGCCUGCCCUCUCUGAUUGAAACUAGUGUACCAAUAUGUCACAGUAGUCUAACUCAGACAGUGACAUUUCUGUAUCUGAUUGAAACUACAUGUACCACAUUAGUCUCACCCAGACCCUAACGUUCCUCUCUCUGAUUGAUUGAAUCAAUUACCUUGUCUUUUUUAUUGUGAUCCCUUAGACUGUUUCAUGGAUCCCACUUUUUUAAAAUCAGGUUCAAAUGCAGAUAUAUAUCAGGACCUGCAUUGACCUUAUUGCCAUAUUUAUUCUACAUGGCUAAAUAGUAAAAACUGGCUUCCACUAAACGUAGUUAAAUUGAAUCUCAAAAAUAAACAUUGCAAUUUAAAAAAUGGCCAGGAAAAAAUCAAUAAAAACUAUCGAACUGUAAAACAAAUUUGUUAAUAUACCGCCAACUAUUGAAAUAUAGCUUCUUUAAAAUGAACAGGUUUCUGCCAAUAUCAAUAUAAUUUUUGCACAUCCUCAAGUGGUCUGCAGCGCACUACACGGUUGAAAACGCAUUGUACAUAAAAUAUGUAAGUACAAAUGAAUUAUUCAGUUCUUCCAUUUUUCUCCCCAGCUUGCUUCGAUGGUUUUGCAGCGCCAACAAUCUACAGUGGGCAGCCCGGAGGUGUUUGCGUCCAACUGGUUGGAAAGACUCCGACAGAUCAAACUUCUCAAACAGAGAAUCUUAGAACAUCAACCGGAGGAGUCGCUGGUCUCAGAGUCGGCCAGCCCCUCCCAUAUGUGGCCCCCUACCGGGGCCGGUGGUGAUGCUGGUAUUGGGGCAUAUGAGGAUUUCACAGACUUCCUUUAAAUACUCACAUUCACAUCAAAAUGUUUCAGUUCCAAGAUUUUUAACAUAGUCUAGUCAAAUAAUUUUAGCUUGAUUUUAUGUAAUUUAGCUCACAACUCACAAAGGACAUCUCUAACAGCUUGUGAAUUUAAAAAGAAUGCUUCAGUGGCACUGGUUUACUCUCUCAAUUAAGAAUUCUUCAAUUCCACAAAAUUUCUUACUUUUACCCCCUCAACAAUUUUUUUGUGACAAUUUUUACAAUUUUCCUGCAACAGUUAGAAGCAUUCUUGUACUUUGGAACAUGUUGCCACAUCCCUGGGGGAGGAAUGAGGCACACAUUUCCAAGGACCCUGCUCAGUGUUCAAACUACAAUUUCACCAAACCACCUUUGAAUUUCUUUGUGCAUUUUAGAUUUGGCUAAUAAAAUAUUUUUACAGAAUUUCUUUGUGUAUUUUUGAUUUGAGAAAUAAAAUAUUUUUACAAAGUAUCU